CAGAUUUUUAGAACUAGUUCCUAUUGCAUCGGAACUUUUAUAAUUCAGUUUUUGCUUUCAAAAAAAUAUGAAGAUAUACUUUAACUUUUAAAGGACAAGUAAUUAUAUCGAAAAAUUACCGAUCACCAAGGUAAGAGCGUAUGAAUGGCUAUAAUUGAUCGGUAACGGCCCUCGGCAAUUCUUAUGAUUUCUUAUGUUGUAUUGAUGGCACUAUUAAGCUUUCUUAAUUUUGCAAUACCACUUGAAAGGAUUUCUUGCCACUUAUCUUUCGGCAAAUCUCUUCUCAGUCGUCUCAAGGAGCAAAUUUUAUUUCCGUUUCGUUUUUUUCUCUAACUGCGAGGUCAAUGUUUUGGACAUAUUGCGUGCAAUCAUCGUACAUGAAUUUCAACACGUGACUUGAAGUUGGUAUGGUGAAACAGGAGCAAAAUGGUAUAUUUUCUGCAGAUUAUAUUGCAUAUUACCACAAAUUUUCCUCUUGUGGCGUUUCUACAUUUACAUUAACUGCACUCUACCAUAUUUAUUGCCAAAAAUUAACAUAUCCGCGAAACUUACAUAGCUGCCAUCAAACGCGCCUCUCACACAAGGAAAGAAACAGCUGUUUCUUUUGUAAAUACUUUUAUUUAGAUAUGAAACCUUUGACCAGUUCGUAGACAGACACUUUAGAUUUUUUUAGCAAAUAUUUAAUUAUUUAUCCAUUGGUUGUUUUUAGCAAGACACCUCGCAUUUUUAUCUGUGAUUUUAUAUAUCUUAGACAUCUCGUUCUUGCAAGGAAAAAUCAAUUAGAGGAGCAAACAUUAACGCGUGCGUUCACUAAGAGAUCGAACUUAACAUGAAUAAUACUUGUGUAAUAAGUGCCGGAAAGUGUCAUUAUUGAAUUUUCAAAUCGUUCAAUAAAAACGUAAUAGAAAUAAAAAAUGUAUUAGACAGAGAUUUAUAUCGAAAAGGGCUUCAAUAAUAAAUAAAAAUAUUUUUUAUUUAUUUAUUAUUAACGUGACUUGGAGCAGGAACCGAACCGCAUUAUUAUUUUGUUUAAUAGGUUUCUCACGAAACUGUUAAAAUGCGUAAAAUACGGCCACGAAAUUUAUUUAAUAUUAUUAUUCUCGUAACAAUAAUCGGUGGUUUUUGUUAUUUCUUCGUUGUGCCGCAGCCAGAUAUGGAUAGACAAGAGCAAAUAAAAAAUGUAUUAUUAUUAAAAGUAUUGAAUAGCUGGUAAGAGCUGAGGGUGACUGAGGGGUGAAGGAAAGGCAGUAUUGAUUGGGCAUAGUAUUGUAUUUAUCCGGGAAAAAAUUUAAAAUUAAAAAAAAACAGUUGAACGUUCUAUACGCUCAGUAAUGAAUCAAUCAGAAUGUCGUAUGCCGAAUUUGCCUGUGAAUAAUCCAGAGAUAAUGAAAUUUUAUCACCAUGUCGAACCAAUUAAUUGCGGUGAUCCUUUGGACGAUUGGGUUAUGUGCGAGAAAUCAAUUUGUUUUGUAAAACCGGAAAUAAUGGCGAAGUACGGUGAAGUGAUGUGCUCUUAUGCGGACAUAAUACGGAAGAGUGAUUGGAAGUCUCGUUUCAGCAAAUCCACAUCGUACUCGCGGGAGCCGUAUGUUUUGCAAGCAUCCGAUUUCGCUAAAGUUACUUGUAUAGCGGAAAAUCAGAAAAAAUGGAUGGGUAUGGCUUAUGGUAUACGAGACGGUGUACAAAACACUUUAAUACACAAACCUGUACCGCCCCCGUUAAAUAACGGCAACUUGUUACAAGUAUUAGAUGCCUCCAAGUUUCCUUCACAUUUCAAUAUACUUAUGUACGGUUAUGAUUCCCUUAGUCAUCACGCUGUUCUACGUAAGUUGCCAAAAACGUACCAUUAUCUUACCAAAGUUUUGCAUAGCAUCGUUCUCGGGAGUUAUAACAUUGUCGGCGAUGGUACUCCGCAAGCUCUGAUACCGAUUUUGACCGGUUAUACUGAACUUGAAUUACCGGAUACGCGGAGACGUAUUUCAAAUACAAUACCGGUUGACAAGGCAUAUCCUUUCAUUUGGAGCGAUUAUGAACGACAAGGCUACGUCACUUCUUUCAAUGAGGAUGUGCCACAACUGGGAACUUUUACGUAUCGUUUGAACGGUUUUAAGGACCAACCAGUUCAUCAUUAUUUACGCACAUUCUACGUAGAAAGUGAUAACAUUUUCUUUAAUGAAGAUUUUUGCAUAAGUCAUCAAGCAAAUCAUUUGGUUAUGAUGGAAUAUACCAAAAAUUUCAUGGUCAAGUAUAGUGAUACACCAAGAUUUGUGUUUAGCUUUCACGGAUCACUUUCGCACGAUUCUGUUAAUUUGAUAGAAGCCGCAGAUGAUGACAUUGCUGCUUGGCUGGAUAAGUUGAAGCAGAAACAACUAUUGGAGAAUACAAUCUUAAUUUUUAUGUCAGAUCAUGGAAAUAGAUUUGCGGAUGUACGUAACACUGUACAAGGCAAGCAGGAGGAGCGUUUGCCCUUCUUUAGUUUUGCUUUCCCCGAUUCGUUUAAGAAACGUUUUCCUCGUGAAUAUGCAAAUUUUGUAAAUAACAGUGAACGACUAACAACGCCAUUCGAUAUCCACGCCACUCUGACACACAUUUUAGAGUUACAAUCAGCUCAAGUGUCUACUCAGUUCGACGAAUCUUCAUAUGGCGAAUUUUUGAAAACCAAAAAAUCCCUUGCCACCAUGAGAGUGGAAUUAUCAGAUUUAGCGAGAAAUAGAGCAAAAUCUCUAUUUGAGCCAUUGUUAUGGAAUCGAUCUUGCGCGGAAGCCUACAUUGAACCACAUUGGUGCGCUUGCUUGGAUUGGAAGCCGCUUAAUUUAAACGUUAGUUCGAACAUGGGAAUAGCUUUGAAAGCAGCAGGAGCUAUUUUAAACGUUAUUAACAACGUUACAGAGACGUUUCGUCCAUAUUGCGCCGUUUUACAGUUAAAACACAUUAACUGGGCCAUGCGCCUAAGCCCACAUAAAGAUUUGCUAGCUUUCGAGAAAAGCAGCGAUACUGAUGGACAUGUGCCUGAUUUCAAUAAUAAAGGCGAGCCGUAUGAAGUGUUUUAUCAAUUGCAAAUUGUAGUUUCCCCUGGGGAUUCGCUGUUUGAAGCUAGUGUCUCGCAUAAUCUUAAUUCGUUAUCCAUGGAAAGUAAUUUGUCAGGUAUCUCUCGAAUAAACAAGUACGGAUCUCAAGCAAAUUGCAUUUACAAACGCAACCCAGAAUUGCGAAAAUACUGCUAUUGUAAGAAACAGGGCGAAACACCAUGAACAAUAGAAGCAGGACCAAGUUGCUGUUUCGAUUUUAUGCACAUUCUGUUAACAAAUGACGAUAUGGAUGUCGAACUUUGUUACUUCUAUCACUCAUUUCUUUCAUUUUGUUUGUUUGACAUUGAUGUGUUAGCCACGGGCAACAAAUUUUUAAGCUA